CAGACACGUGGUUUCAUCCGGCAGCUUCCUGCUUUCUGAGUUCAUAACGGAGAUCCUGAUCUCCGCAGACAAAAGAAACGAGAAUCCGACUUCUGAUCAUUUCUCUAAUCAGUUACCAGUCUGUUAUCAUUCCUACAGUCUGAUCGGACCAGUUAGUAUUAUCAUUAUUAUCUGAUCUGACGCAGGACUCGCUGAAGAGCUGGAUCGAACAUCUCUAGCCAUCAUCUGUAGCAGGUUCAGUCACUGAGGAAGUGUGUUUCAGAUCCACACCAGACGCUGGGAUGAGUGCUGCGAGGACAGAAGAUGCUGCUGCUAACGGAGGAGGAGGAGUGUGUCCGGAGGGAGGCGUCACCGUCCUCAGGCCUACAGAUCUCUCAGAGAUGUUGGCGGCAGGAACCAAAGAAGUUCACGAGAAGGCCGAAAACACAGAGUUCGUCAAAGACUUCCUGAAGGGACGCAUCCGCAAAGAGCUCUUUAAGCUCGGUCACGUGGCUCUAUACUUCACGUACUCGGCUAUAGAAGAGGAGAUGGAGAGAAACAAGGAGCAUCCUGAUUUGGCGGCGCUCUACUUCCCCCAUGAGCUGCACCGGCGGGACGCUCUGGCUCGGGACCUGCAGUACUUCUACGGUGAGGACUGGCAGGACCAGAUCAGCAUCUCUCCCGCCACUCAGCGCUACGUGGAGCGCAUCCAUCAGAUCGGCCGGGACCAGCCCGCGCUCCUGGUGGCUCACGCUUACACCCGCUACAUGGGCGACCUCUCGGGCGGCCAGGUGCUGAGGAAGGUGGCCCAGCGCGCCAUGAAGCUGCCGCCCACAGGAGAAGGCCUGAACUUCUACCAGUUCGACGGCAUCCACAGCGCCAAGGCCUUCAAACAGCUGUACCGCAGCCGGAUGAACGAGCUGGAGCUGGACUCGCUCACCAAGCAAAAGAUCGUGGACGAAGCCGUCCUGGCCUUCCAGUUCAACAUGGAGAUUUUCGGAGAACUAGAGGAGGUUGGAAAAACCCUUCAGGACGAUGUUUUGGAUGCGGCUCCUGUUCAUGAGGCUCAUGGAGAGAUGCAAGGAGACAUCAGCCAGUGUCCGUAUUAUGCGGCCAAAAUGGCUGCCAGUGGUGGAUCGUCAUACAUCUGUCAUCUGGCCAUGACUGUGCUUAAACAUCCCUCCGGUCAAGUCCUAUUGGCUGCCUGGAUCGCUGCUCUCGCCGGAUUGGCUGCGUGGUACCUCAUGUGAUCCAAUGAGAAGAGAAAGGGCUCAGAUAAUAGAUGAGAACAUGGUUUGUUCUGCUUUAAAGUUGUAAGGCAUUCCAAUGCAUUUCCCUCUUAGUGCAUCCCAUUUGCCCCCUCAAUACUGGGUAAAUGUGACUUAAUCUUAAUGUAUGAACAUAGACUGUUUAAACGCAGGAUAGCAUAGUUUGAGCAUAGUGUUUUAUUGUGAUAGGUGUUACUCUUGCACCUGUCAGUGUUGAUGAAGUUAAAGGAACAGAUCUCCCAAAAAUGAAACUUUGAUGAACAUGUCCUCAUCUUGAGGCAAUCCAAGAGGAUGAUUGUUUCUUCACGUGAACAGAUUUGCAGAAAUGCAGCUUUUCAUCACUUGCUCACCAAUGAAUCCUCUGUAGUGAAUGGGUGCCGUCAGAAUGAGAGUCCAAACAGCUGAUAAAAAUUCAUCCUCUACUGUCUUCUCACAUCAAAAUCAACCAGUUUAUUUGUUUUCGCUUGUAAACAGUGCUUGAUCUUUGCAUAUUUCUCUCCUGAUUCAGACGAGAUGCCUUUUUCCUGGAGAAAGCAAUGAUCUGGAUUAGAGACUCAUAUUUUAAAGUUAAAUGAUUGAUAUGUUUCUAACAAACACACAGCUUUUCACUUCUCAAGAUAUUAACUGAUGGACCGGAGUGGGGUUGAUUUAUUGUGAUGUCUUUAUCCGCUGUUUAGACUCUCAUUCUGACGGCACCCAUUCACUCCAGAGCAUCCGCUGCUGAACAACUGUUUAGACGCUCAUUCUGACGGCACCCAUUCACUCCAGAGCAUCCGCUGCUGAACAACUGUUUAGACUCUCAUUCUGACGGCACCCAUUCACUCCAGAGCAUCCGCUGCUGAACAACUGUUUAGACGCUCAUUCUGAUGGCACCCAUUCACUCCAGAGCAUCCGCUGCUGAACAACUGUUUAGACUCUCAUUCUGACGGCACCCAUUCACUCCAGAGCAUCCGCUGCUGAACAACUGUUUAGACUCUCAUUCUGACGGCACCCAUUCACUCCAGAGCAUCCGCUACUGAACAACUGUUUAGACUCUCAUUCUGACGGCACCCAUUCACUCCAGAGCAUCCGCUACUGAACAACUGUUUAGACUCAUUCUGACGGCACCCAUUCACUCCAGAGCAUCCGCUACUGAACAACUGUUUAGACUCUCAUUCUGACGUCACCCAUUCACUCCAGAGCAUCCGCUGCUGAACAACUGUUUAGACUCUCAUUCUGACGGCACCCAUUCACUCCAGAGCAUCCGCUACUGAACAACUGUUUAGACUCUCAUUCUGACGGCACCCAUUCUCUCCAGAGCAUCCGCUGCUGACCAACUGUUUAGACUCUCAUUCUGACGGCACCCAUUCACUCCAGAGCAUCCGCUACUGAACAACUGUUUAGACUCUCAUUCUGACGGCACCCAUUCACUCCAGAGCAUCCGCUGCUGAACAACUGUUUAGA